AGUCAUUCUGCUCAUCGUCAAAGAAUUCCGUCACGGCCCAGACCUAUCUCACCGGUACCUCGUGACCGUGAAGAUUUACGGCGUCGGAUUGAACGGAAUCGCAUGUCAAGACAUAGUGCUGAAGAAAUCGAGGUUCUCCGUAAAAGAUUGGCUGAAAUUGAAACUCGACAGAAGUCACAAGAAGAUUCUCCCCGAAAUGUCUCAACGUCGGGGAAUGUUAUUAUUGAAGCUGACUCGCCUUUAGCUCCAGAGCUUACUGCAGAGGCACUCCCUGCCAAGGUAAAGAUUCCACAAAUUGUUUUUACGUUUUCUACUCUUGUCAGUACUUCGACCGAUAACUACAAAAAAUCCAAAACACAUGACGUAUCAAACUCUUCACACUGCAUACCUCAAGUUAAUUCUAAUACCAAACAGUUGGACACUUCUCGGCGGAAAGCUAAAGCCUAUGCCAGGGAAGCCCAAAAUGCCGAGAAACGAGUUAUGAACGUUGAUCUUCGAGAUACUAUUAAUAAGCGAAAUUGUCCCAUCACAUUUAGUAUUGAAGAAGCCAAUCUGUUUGCUCAUCCUCACUCUGAUGCCCUUAUCAUUACUGCUCCGAUUGGAGGAAUUCCCGUUCAUCGAAUUAUGGUUGAUACAAGAUCUUAUUCAAGUAUCCUAAUGUUCCGCACUUUCAAGAAACUGGGUUUGGACCCUACAGAUAUCAGACCUUGCAACGACCAAAUUCAAGGCUUCAACGGAAGUAUUUCUUGUCCUAUCGGUGAAAUAUUGCUCCCCAUACGAUUUGGUGGCUUUGGACCAAAAUCCAAGAUCAUUAUGGAAACCUUCAAAGUCUUGGAUGUUCAAAAUGAGUACAAUGCUGUUGUAGGGCGAACUGAUCUUUACAAACUCCGCGCUGCUGUGUCAAUUUUUCACUAUGCCUUGAAGUUCCCCACCAUUGAAGGGGAAGGCACUCACUAUGGAGAUCAGCGGGAGGCGCGAAGUCUGACGUUGCUCUCAACUUCACGAAAUCUUCAUGUAUGCGAGGUACGAGAGACUGAUAGCUCUGUUGAGUUGAAAGAUUCAAUCCUUCCUGACCCCACAAUGACAGAUCAAUCUGCUUCAAAUACCGACAUCUCCUCUGUCCCUGAUACCGAUGUCAUUGAGACGUCGGAUUUGCCUGAAACCUCAGAUGGAGCCCUCGACCAAGGACAACCUCUUUCUGCGGAGGAUAUAAAAGCUCACGAAGAUAUAGAUCCAAGGAUACAAUUCAAAGAUAAGAGUCAUCACGUUCCGGCGGAACCAGUCGAAGAUGUCGAAAUUAUUUACAUGGAUGAACUAACUCAAGAAAAACCGUUGCGCAUUGGAGCUAGUCUUCAAGAACCCACACGUUCGCACUUAAUUCAAUUUCUUCGGUCAAAUUCCGACGUGUUUGCUUGGAAGCAUGAAGAUAUGAAGGGGAUAGACCCGCAGAAAGCAUGUCAUCGGCUAAAUUUGGAUAAGACCAUCAAGCCCGUCAUACAAAAACAUCGGAAAUUCGGACCAGAUCGUCAGAAAGCGUUGGAAGAGGAAGUGAACAAGCUUAUAGACAACAAGUUCGUUAAAGAAGCAAAAUAUCCGACGUGGAUAUCGAAUCCUGUCUUGGUGAAGAAAGCUACCGGUCUUUGGCGCUUAUGCAUUGAUUUUUCAGAUUUGAACCAGGCAUGCCCGAAAGAUAGCUAUCCAAUUCCACAUAUCGAUUACAUGGUAGAUGCUACAUCGGGACAUCAGCUCAUGAGUUUUUUGGAUGCCUAUUCCGGUUACAAUCAAAUCCCCAUGCACCCCGACGAUGCUGAACAUACUUCAUUUUAUUCGGGCCGAGGUCUUUAUUGUUAUGUCAUGAUGACUUUUGGAUUGAAGAAUGCUGGGGCCACGUAUCAAAGGUUGGUCAAUAAGAUGUUCGCUCGUUUGAUCGGUCGCACAAUGGAAGUAUACGUAGAUGACAUGUUGGUGAAAUCAGAACAAGCCUCCCAUCAUAUUGCUCAUCUUUCCGAAGUCUUUGACAUCCUUCGAGAAUAUUCAAUGGUGCUUAACCCCAAGAAGUGCACCUUUGGGGUUGAAUCAGAAAAAUUUCUAGGAUACAUGGUGAGCCAGAGAGGAAUCGAAGCUAAUCCCGCCAAGAUUCAAGCCAUACUUGAUUUGGCUCCUCCGACAUCCAUCAAAGGAGUUCAAGCUUUAACCGGUCGACUAGCAGCUCUAAAUCGAUUCAUUUCAAAGUCGACGGAUCAUUGUAAACCUUUCUUUGACGCCAUCAGAAAGAAGAAGCCGUUUGAAUGGACCACUGAAUGUCAGAGUGCUUUUGAUAACAUCAAAGAAGUUCUUUCACAACUACCGACGUUGCAAAAACCUCUCCCCGAUGAACUUUUAUAUUUGUAUCUGGGAGUAAGUGAUGUUGUUGUUAGUGCUGUUCUUAUACGACAAGAUGGACUCCAGCAGUUCCCAAUAUAUUAUGUUAGCAAAGCUUUACAUGACGCUGAAUUGCGAUAUCCGUAUAUGAAGAAACUAGCUUUUACAUUGAUCAUUGGUGCACGAAAAUUGCGACCAUAUUUUCUGGAACAUUCUGUUAUUGUGUUCACGUCAUAUCCUCUCCGACAAGUCCUCCAUCGACCUGACACGUCGAGAAGGAUGAUUAAAUGGGCUAUAGAACUUGGACAAUUUGACAUUUA